AUGAAGCUAGUUCAACUUGUAUCUUUCUUCGUCGCUGCGUACUUUAUCACAAUCGCAGACAAGGCUACAGCUCUCACCCUACGAGCCUACAAAGAUCAAAUCAGCUGCAGUGGCGCCAGCUUUAACUGCAACACGGCCAGCAAUGUCUGCUGUGGGCCGAUCCCAGCAGACUACGGAUAUUCUGUCCAAUACGAUAACCUCCCGGGCGAUGCUCAAGGCCUUGGGUUUACUUGGAGUAACAGGGAGCUCGACCGGAGUGACUAUACCUGGAGCAACAGGGUAGCCAAUGGCCCUCGAGGUUUUACCUGGAGCAAUAGGGUGCCCAAUAGCCCGCGCGGCUUUACCUGGAGCAAUAGGGUGCCUAAUAGCCCACGCGGCUUUACUUGGAGCAAUCGGGUGUCUAAUGGGCCCCGUGGCUUCACUUGGAGCAACAGAGUCAGUCCCGUCCUCGUCAGCGGUCCAGGCACCCAAUGCUGGACUGGUAGUGGUACCAACGUGGAUGCAGUCGCAUGGUUCGCUCCUGGAGACGACGUCGACUCGGCGGAGGGCACGGAUGAGUGCGCUGUGCCUGAUAGUUUCAGCUACGAGGACGCCGACGGUGUGGCCCAUGACAUUUUGGUACCAGAUGAGCCCGGCGCUGCAGAGGUCAUUGCGGACAGUAAUAGGGUGCACUGGGUAUCGGUUUCAAAUGCGAUAUAUGCAUCUUUGUCGCUUUCCACUUCCAGGCCUGGUCGGGCGUCGAAGUACAUAAAUAAAACCUUCCCUCCUUCCACUUCGCUGGCAGGAUCCGGCAUUCGGCGUCUUCUUUGCCCGCCACGCGGCGCGGAGAUUGCUCCGUCCCUUUCCAGGCAGGAACGGACCCAAAUGGGGAUGGUUUCGAGUACGCGACUGGAAGACGGCGGGGUUUCGAGGGUGCAAGAUCCUGAAUCCUCGAGGAGCUCGUUGUCCCGAGAAAAAGAAAAGGGCGGUGACGUCAAAGUGGAAGGCGAAUGGCGGGACGAGGACAUCGAGUACCCUGACGGGGGGCUGAGGGCGUGGUUGGUGGUUGUAGGGGCGAUGUUGACCAAUUUUUCGACGUUCGGAUUUGCGAACGCUUGGGGUGUAUUCCAAUCUUAUUACGAAACAGACAUCUUACCAACGACCUCGCCUUCUACGAUUGCUUGGAUUGGUUCCCUACAGGCAAGUAUCUUCAUGGGACGCCUAUGUGACCUGGGUUACUUCCGGGUUCCCUUCACCAUCGGAAUAACCUUUGCCGUUGUCGCUGCAUUUCUACUGGCCGAAUUCGUAGCUGGGAUCAGGGAUAGCGUUUGGUUCCCAUGGACCAUGCGUAUCAUGGCCUUCAUGAUUGUGACGACGCUUGGCUUCGCUAGCAUAGUGCUUGCACGAAGACUUCCUCCAAAGAAUAUGCCUGGAGGUAUCUUCAACGUCAGGGUGUUCAAAAAUCCGAUCUUUUCGAUCUAUUGUGCCUCUGUGUUCUCGUGCUUCUUGGGGAUUUACACCGUACUGACCUACAUCGACGUUGGAGCAACCCGGGUUGGUGUCUCACCAGAAUUUACCUUCUACCUCGUCAGCAUUGCCAAUGGUAGUGCUGCUGUGAGCCGUGUGUUCACCGGUUUCCUUGCCGAUCAACUGGGCGCGGUUAAUGUCAUUGUUCCAAUGACAUGGAUAGCGGCUGCCUUGACCUUUGCCUGGCCUUAUGCAAAGACGAAGGGUGCCUUGGUUGCGCUCGCGAUUCUCUAUGGGUUUUCGAACUCGGCUUUUGUAUCGGCGUUUAACUUGCCGCUGUAUUUCUUGGGCGAGAUGGGCGAUAUUGGAAGACGGGUGGGCACUGUGUGUAUGUUCACUGCGAUUGGUGCACUUGUUGGACCCCCUAUCUCUGGCGCGAUCUAUAACGCGAGUGGAGGGUUCCAUGCGGUCAGUUAUUACGCUGGGAGCGCAAUCAUCCUUUCGACGGUUCUGAUGCUUACUGCGAGAUACAUGUAUCUUGGAAGGUGGUGGGGCAAAUGGUGA